UUGAAAUUGAAAGCACUGAUUGGCUGAUGUAUCUUUAUUCGCUUCCUGUAUAUCGGUUUAAUAGACACUUAAAAAUUUAUUAAUUUCUCUGUGGAUUUUAAAAUUGUAAAUAAACAGAGUGCUAAUUUCUGUUGAAUAUGACUACUGCAGCAAGGCCAACUUUUGAGCCUGCCAGAGGUGGUGGUGGCAGAGGAGAAAAAGAUUUGAGUGCCCUAUCAAAGCAAUAUUCAAGUCGAGAUCUUCCUGGCCACACAAAACUCAAAUACAGACAAACUGGACAAAAUACUGCAGAAGAAUUGAAAAAUAAGGACUUUCGCCGAGAGUUAGAAGAAAAAGAAAGAAUUGCUUCCCAUGAAAGAGAAGGAAAGCGGCCAUCCAGAGACUCUGGAAGCAGCAGCUCAGCUAAGAAAACUAGACUGGAACAAUUACCUGCUGCAAAUUUGGAUGCUGAUGAUCCGAUAGAUGAGGAUGAUGAAAGUGAUGAUAGUGAUGAAGAUGACACUGCAGAUCUAAUGGCAGAAUUAAAUCAAAUAAAAAAAGAGCGGGCCCAAGAAGAAGCUCGAAAGGAAGCAGAAAGAAAAGCACAAGAGGAGCGUAUUAGGACUGAAAAUAUUUUAAGUGGAAACCCACUUUUGAACAAUAAACCGGCCGAGUUCAAAGUUAAAAGGAGAUGGGAUGAUGAUGUUGUUUUCAAAAAUUGUGCUAUAGAAGAACCAGAUAGGAAGGAGAAACCUUUCAUCAAUGAUACAUUGAGAUCUAGUUUCCAUAAGAAAUUUAUGGAAAAGUAUGUUAAAUAAUUGAAGCUUUAAUGUCUAAAUGAAUGUGUAACACAAUUGCAAGUGAAUGAAUUCAUUUAUGUAAAUAUUCAUCCUGUUUUGAAAUAAUUCAUUUCUUUGCAAUGCUUGUCAUUUUAUUAGUUUUUUAUAAAUCUAUACUAUUAAAACCUGUGCUCGUC